UCUUCAUUAGGGUAUUGCAGACCGCUAUAUGUCAACACACAGGUUAAUGAAUACGGCCAAAAGUAAGCAACUCUGACAAGCACAUGAGAGCGGAUGAUCAGCGAUCGCCACCGUCGUUGGGGUCUGAGCUCUGCGCUUCCCUCUACUCGUCCGCAAGUAAGCAACAAGAAAUCAGUUUAGAAUUAUUCGUGGCGGCAUAAAGUCAAACAUUUUUUAUAUGUGAUUUGGUGCGCAUUAAAUCGCUUAAACGAUACGCACAUGGUAAUUGCUGUGCUCCAACAACAUUGAAUGAAAUCCUAAUAGUUCGCCCGACGUUCGCGUAACGCAUGUUUGACCUAAGUAGACAAGAGGCUGCAAACCGGAAACCGUAGGCAGUGCGUCAAGGCUAACAAGCGCGUUCAUACAAUAAAUCAAUAAUCAACUAUCUACAAGUGGCAUUGAAAAUGGCAACAGCUGAGAUCAGUGUAGGUACGACAGGUGGCACUACAUACGCCGCUGAAUUACAAUUAACGGAGACAGAAUCUAUUAAAGAGCAAAAUAAUACAAAAACGAACACAUUGGACGUCGCCGCCGAGCCAGAAACUGGAUUAACACAUGAGUGCGGUGUUUUCGGCGCCAUCGCCUGUGGCGACUGGCCAACACAAAUUGAUGUGGCGCACGUGAUUUGUUUGGGUUUGGUAGCAUUACAACAUCGCGGUCAAGAAUCGGCUGGUAUUGUGACAAGCGAAGGCAAAUGCUCAAGGAAUUUUAAUACACACAAGGGAAUGGGCAUGAUAAGUACCCUCUUUAACGAUGAGUCCAUCAAGAAGCUCAAGGGCAAUCUUGGCAUCGGCCACACACGUUAUUCCACCUCUGCUGCCUCCGAGGUAGUCAAUUGCCAACCUUUUGUAGUACAUACACUGCAUGGCGCCAUUGCUGUAGCACACAAUGGCGAACUGGUAAAUUCUGAAUCGCUUAGGAGGGAUUUACUGAGUCGUGGCGUGGGUUUAUCUACACACAGCGAUAGUGAAUUGAUUGGACAGUCGCUAUGUUUGCCGCCUGAAGGUGUCUCAGAACUAGAUGGCCCAGACUGGCCGGCGCGCAUACGAAACUUUAUGCAAUUAGCGCCACUCUCAUACUCACUUGUUAUGAUGUUUAAAGAUAAGAUUUAUGCGGCGCGUGAUCCAUAUGGUAAUCGACCACUUUGCAUCGGAAAAAUUAUGCCCAUUAAUGGUGAUUCGAAUGCUAAGAUUGAGGAUGUAUCCGCCGAUGGUUGGGUGGUGUCGAGUGAAAGUUGUGGUUUCUUGUCAAUUGGGGCGCGAUAUGUGCGUGAAGUUGAACCGGGUGAAAUAGUGGAAUUGACGCGCAACGGCUUCCGCAUUAUUGAUGUUGUCAAACUUCCUGAAUAUAAGCGUAUAGCUUUCUGCAUUUUCGAAUAUGUUUACUUUGCGCGCGGCGAUUCGAUAUUCGAGGGACAAAUGGUAUAUUCGGUGCGCAUGCAGUGUGGUAAGCAAUUGGCACGAGAGGCUUUAAUCGAUGCAGAUAUAGUUAGUUCUGUACCGGAAUCGGGUACAGCGGCGGCGCAUGGCUAUGCUAGAGAGUCCGGAUUGCCAUUCGCUGAGGUACUCUGUAAGAACCGGUACGUGGGUCGCACAUUCAUUCAGCCAUCGACACGUUUGCGCAAAUUGGGUGUUGCUAAGAAGUUUGGCGCGCUUUCCGAAAAUGUGGCUGGCAAGCGGCUUGUCUUGAUCGAUGAUUCAAUUGUACGUGGUAACACCAUCGGACCGAUUAUCAAAUUGUUGCGCGAUGCUGGAGCAGCAGAAGUACACAUACGCAUAGCCAGUCCACCGCUGCAAUAUCCAUGUUACAUGGGUAUUAAUAUUCCCACACGCGAAGAACUUAUUGCCAACAAAUUGAAUGCAGAGCAAUUGGCUCGUCAUGUGGGCGCUGACAGCUUGGCAUAUUUAAGUGUAGAGGGUCUAGUGAAGGCAGUGGAAAUGAACAAAAAGGCUUCGAAUCCGAAUAAAAGUGGGCAUUGCACGGCUUGCUUGACCGGAGAGUAUCCUGGUGGGCUCCCGGAAGAAUUGAGUUGGUAAAUGUAAGACAUAUGGAGAAAGCAGCAUCGACAACUGAAUUAUUAUAUUACAACUAAAUUAUAUUGUUGUUCGUUUAAAAUCUCAGACG